UUUCCCCUAUCUUCUCAUCCCUUUUCUUCAACUUCACUCUAGAGAGAGAGAGAGAGAGAGAGAGAGGAGAGAGAGAGGAACUAGAGGGAGAAAUGGGAAAUUGUCAGGCAAUUGAUGCAGCAACACUGGUAGUACAACACCCAAGUGGGAAAGAAGAGAAGUUCUAUGGGGAAGUGAGUGCAAGUGAGAUCAUGAAGAUGAACCCUGGCCACUAUGUUGCUCUUCUCAUCUCCACCACCUUGUGUCCCUCCAAUCCCACCACCGACACUGGCGGUGACCGGAAAUACAAGAAUUCGAGUCCAAACGACAACAAGAAUACCGCUUCUUCGGUUCGAGUGACGCGCAUAAAGCUCCUCAGGCCAACCGAAUCUCUUGUUCUUGGCAAAGUUUACAGACUCAUCGCCACUCAAGAAGUGAUGAAGGGAUUGUGGGCAAAGAAACAAGCGAAGGUGAAGAGAAAUAACAAUCAUCGGGUGGAAGGAGAGCAGCAGCCACAAGUAGAGAGGGUGAUGAGAGAGAAGCAAGUUCUGACAUCAGGCAGAAGAUCUGAGACUUCUGAGCUGCUGGAGAAGGACAUCCAGGUGAAUAACAAACGUGAGAGAGCCCACCGACCAAGAACAACAACAACAUCAAGAACGUGGCAGCCCUCAUUACACAGCAUCUCAGAGGCUGCAAGUCGAGAUAUCAAUGUCUCCUAAUCUUCCCACAUGACGCGUAAGCAACUCAGUGGAGGAGUAGUGGAUCAAUCAGUACUCCACCUGCAGAAGAUGAAGAUCAAAGCUCCUCCUGAUGUGCAGCAUGACGAGUUCUUUUGAUUUGAAAAACCAGUAGGGCACAUUUAAGAGUGCAGGUAGAAAGGGGUGGUCUUCAGGUGAAGGGAUUUGGGUUAAGUUGUGUACAGAAAGGGGUGGAAUGUCUAGAAUUAAUUAGUGAAGAGAUUUUUUUUUUUUUUAAUGAAAGUUUAGUUCAAGAAGAAAAUUGCUUUGGUUUGAUUUGGUUCCUUGGUUAAUUAAUAGUUGUUAAAUAAAUUUAGUUUA